AUGGCAGAAGAAAUUGUAUGCUUUGUGAUCGAUAAGUUAAUCUCACUGAUCAUUACCACAGAAGCAAAACUUUCAAGAGAUGUAUGCACUGAAGUUGGCUUCAUCAAGGAUGAGCUCGAGAGAAUCCGAUCAUUCCUCAAGGAUGCAGAUGCCAAAGCAGUUAUGCAAGGGCAGAUGGUUACAGUAUCAGAACUUGGGUCAAACAAGUAA